GAGUCAAAUUAAGAGUUCUAGUUAUAGUAAUGUUGAUCAUUUAUUCGGCAUCAGGGACAUUCGGAAUUUCAUCUCUGAUGACACUUUUUUAGUUAGGGAUAGGAAUGGGGUCAGUUAUUUCAUAUAUUUUGAUAUUGAAAAUCAAAUUUUUGAGAUUGAUAACGAUCAGUCUUUUUUGAGUGAACUAGAAAGUUUUUUUUAUAGUUAUCGGAAUUCUAGUUAUCUGAAUAAUGUAAAUUCUAGUUAUCUGAAUAAUGUAUCUAAGAGUAAUCAUCCCCACUAUGAUCGUUACAUGUAUGAUACUAAAUAUAGUUGGAAUAAGCACAUUAAUAGUUGCAUUAAUAAUUACAUUUUAAGUGGUAGUAACAAUUACAGUGACAGUUACAUUUAUAGUUACAUUUGUGGUCAAAGUAGAACUAGGAGUGAACACGGGAGUUCCAGUAAACAAACUAGCACGAAUGGUAGUGAUUUAAAAAGUUCUAAUGUUCUAUAUGUAGCUCAAAAAUACAGGCAUUUGUGGAUUCAAUGCGAAAAUUGUUAUGGAUUAAAUUAUAAAAAAAAUUUAAAGUCAAAAAUAAAUAUUUGCGAACAAUGCGGAUAUCAUUUGAAAAUGAGUAGUUCAGAUAGAAUCGAACUUUCGAUUGAUCCGGGUACGUGGGAUCCUGUAGAUGAAGACAUGGUCUCUCUGGAUCCUAUUGAAUUUCAUUCGGGGGAGGAACCUUAUAAAGAGCGUAUUGAUUUUUAUCAAAGAAAGACAGGAUUAACUGAGGCUGUUCAAACAGGCACAGGUCAACUAAACGGUAUUCCCGUAGCAAUUGGGGUUAUGGAUUUUCAGUUUAUGGGGGGUAGUAUGGGAUCCGUAGUAGGUGAGAAAAUUACCCGUUUGAUCGAAUAUGCCACCAAUGAAUUUCUACCUCUUAUUCUAGUGUGUUCUUCCGGAGGAGCACGUAUGCAAGAAGGAAGUUUGAGCUUGAUGCAAAUGGCUAAAAUAUCUUCCGCUUUAUAUGAUUAUCAAUCAAAUAAAAAGUUAUUUUAUGUAUCAAUCCUUACAUCUCCUACUACUGGUGGGGUGACAGCAAGUUUUGGUAUGUUGGGAGAUAUCAUUAUUGCCGAACCCAAUUCCUACAUUGCAUUUGCGGGUAAAAGGGUAAUUGAACAAACAUUGAAAAAGACAGUACCUGAAGGUUCACAAGCGGCUGAAUAUUUAUUCCAUAAGGGCUUAUUCGAUCCAAUCGUACCACGUAAUACUUUAAAGGGUGUUCUGAGUGAGUUAUUUCAGCUUCACGCUUUCUUUCCUUUGAAUCCAAAAAAAAUCAAGUAGAGCCUUAAGUUCAAUUAUUUUAUUUGUGUCAAACAAGUAGUUAUUUUAUCGGAAUUAAAGUAAAAAUCAGAAAAAUGGAGUUUUCUUUAGUGACAUAAGAUCGAAUUGUAGAAAGAAUCAAAGGUUGCGAAUAGUUCUUUUUUUUUCUCGAGAUCUUUUUUUUUACCCAUAUUCCUGAUUAGUAACCAGGAAGCCUCUAUCGACAAGAUAAAAGAACGAAAUCUUCCUUCCCCGAAAUUAGAUUAGGCAAGGCAAAUACAAAAAUUUCAUGUUCCCUUCUUAUGUAUAUAAGACUUAACUAUAGAAAAUAUAAGGAAAUAUAGAUUAUAGAUAUAGAGUCUUGCAUCUUUCUAUAUCUACCGAGAAUCCCCAUUUUUACUAAGAAUCCCUCUUAGAUCGGACGAAUUUUUCGGGAAUUAAAACUCUUUCUUUAUUAAAUUUGAAUUCAAAUUUGAAUACUAAUUCAAAUUUUAGUAAUAAAAUGGAAAUUAGAAGAUAAAAA